UUGACGACUUUUAUCUUUUAACAUAAUUUGACUCUCAAACAUACUGCGUCGUUAUAGCUGUAAUCUUCAAUUGAGCGGUGUGUUGUUUUAAAAAAAAUUUUCCAGUGCCUCAACUUCACAACGUAGAAAUGGUUGAAAUGAACAGUUCAGAUUUCCCUGCAGAAAGCCUCGGGUUUUCACAGGAACAGAUUACGUGUUUCGCAGUUGCUCUUGGAUCAUUCACCAUCCUCAUCUUCAUUUUCCUUCUGUUUUGUGCCCUCGUAAAGGAAAAGUUGAAGGCUCUUCUUGAAUUCGACAUUAACUUACUAGAAACUAAAUCAAACACGAACCUGCAUGCCGUAAAAGUGUCUACUAAACAGAAGGACUACACUUCUAGUGAAAAAGAAUUGGAAACAUCUAUAUGCAAAUCAAUUUGCAAAAACAUUGGAAAAUGUAUAAUAGUGAUCGCAACGGCAAUUCUCAGUUUCAUAUAUAUGUUUGAUUUCUUCCAAGAUUCGUUCAUGGUUUACUUUUAUUUGGAGCAUGAGCAGAGAGUUACCGCUCUUAUAUAUUUGGCUUUAACCAUUAUUCCAAUAAUUCUGUCAUAUUUUCUGGUGCUUUAUCCUCUUUUUUACCAUGUGGAUCCCUCAAAUAAACGCCGUCGAUUAAUGCUUGUACUGCUUGCAUGUUUUCCAUUUCUAAAAAGCUGCAUAUUAUUCUGGACAAUUCGAAUGGGUUGGAAACGCUGGAGAGCGAGAUGGUAUUUACAAGCUUUGACGUUCCUUUGGUUGACUGAAGCCGCUCUGGAGGGAAUUCCGCAGACGAUUCUAUUGUAUUUUAUUAAAUAUGAAAAUAAAGAUCUUAACAUCGAUUUGUACAACGCACAGGAUAUUUCUUUAGUCAUUAAUUUUGUGUCCUCCCUUCUUAGUGUAUAUUUUGCCACGAAGUACCUUAAUAAAGACGAGGACCGAAGACUGGAACAUUCCAAAAGAACUCUUACAAAAUCGCACAAAAAUAAUUGUGUAUCUUUUUGGCGUAAAAUUGCUUAUUCACUUGCUCUGUUGUUUGAAAGAGGUAUUCAAAUUUUCAUUCGAAUAAUUAUGUUUGGCACAUUUGCAUCUAUUGUUGGGUUGAAGCCGGCUUUAUAUGUUUUCAUAGGUCAUCUUGUUAUUCUUAUAAUCUUAACUUUACUUUGUUUUCGAAAACUCAAACAAAACCACAUUAUCUAUGAAAACUGUACACAGAAACCUAGUUUUGUAUCGAGUCUUUUAGUUGGUGUUGUUGCAAAUAUAUUUUUCAGUCAUUCUUGGUCAUUCUGCCAUAUUUUGUCGAGAAAAGUGGUCUAUAUACUUUACUUUGUUUUGUUUAACGCCACUUCUGUUUCUCUUAUUGUAUCUUACAAUGUUAUUUCGGAAGUCGCGCUCGUAGAUUUUUUUUCAAUAAUUAUAUAUGUAGCCUUUGGUCUUCAGCUCAUAUUUAUUCCCCUGUGUUUUCUUUUAAGAGAAUGUAAAAGAAAAAAAUUGUUACAAACAUAAAUAGUUCUGACAUAUUGAAAAGCAUAACAAAUAAAUAUAUGUUGCUUCGCAAUAUAAUGAUUAUUGAAAGAUUUUUUAAAGUGAAAUGUU